CGGCGUACAGUUUCCUGUUUGCGAUAGCGUGUGUGUUUGAGUUUCCUCGCCAUGUCUGGCCGCGGUAAGCAAGGAGGCAAGGCUCGCGCCAAAGCCAAGUCGCGGUCGUCGCGCGCCGGGCUGCAGUUCCCAGUGGGGCGCGUGCACCGGCUGCUGCGCAAGGGCAACUACGCGGAGCGCGUGGGCGCCGGCGCGCCCGUGUACAUGGCGGCCGUGCUGGAGUACCUGACGGCCGAGAUCCUGGAGCUGGCGGGCAACGCGGCCCGCGACAACAAGAAGACGCGCAUCAUCCCGCGCCACCUGCAGCUGGCCAUCCGCAACGACGAGGAGCUCAACAAGCUGCUGGGCAAAGUGACCAUCGCCCAGGGCGGCGUCCUGCCCAACAUCCAGGCCGUGCUGCUGCCCAAGAAGACCGAGAGCCACCAUAAGGCAAAGGGCAAGUGAGGCCGCCGCUCGCCUCGGCCCGCGUCUCGGACGCCCGGAACUCAAAGGCUCUUUUCAGAGCCACCCACUGGUUCAGAUUAAAGAGUUGUGUCACGGUA